CUCCAAGAUGGGGAGUACAUCAUCCCAAAAUGCAGGCGCAUCAUCAGGAGCAAAAGAGUUCCAUCUUCCACGGCCCAAGCAUCACCUUAUCUUUCAUGUUGACACUUGGUUUUGAAUAUAGGCCUGUUUGGUUUUCCUUAACAUUUAGAGUUUAAUGUCAAAAUUACUACACAAUAUAGGCUAACAGCUCUUUAAAGGUAUCUGACUUACGCGAACAAACCCUCUUUGUGUGUGGGAGGGGCGACACCGAGUGGACUGCAGCAGUGUUUAGCUUGCUAGUACGUACUGGCAACACGGUGACGACGAGGCAUCCAUUGAACACAUCAGUGCUACGAGCGGAGGUAUAACAACCUAAAUAUUUUUUGGGAUACGACUAGACUACAACCUUUUAUUUACGUCGUUGCCAUAGCUGAUGGAAAAGGACAGCUAUAGAAAUGUGCGCGAACGUAUUUGGAGUUUUGAAAAGCCUGUUUGGGAAGCCCUUUGAUGGUGGGAAGAGGAUGGACCAUGGUAGCCAGCAGCACCAGCAGCCGUUCUACCACCACCAGCAGCACCACCACCACCAGCAGCAGCAGCAGCCCCAGCCCCAGCAGCACCCAGCCAUGAUGCGUCUGUAUGAGAUCCAGAGGGAGGUGGCCUCCUUGGGCCCCCAGGUGUGCACCUACAGCGGGCUGCAGAGCGACCGCGAGUACAAGCGCCUGGAGCGCGAGCUGACCCGCCUGCUCCUGGAGGUGGACCAGGUGGACACGGAGGGCAGGGCGGAGCUGCAGGGGGCGCGCAAGCGAGCCGCCCAGGAAGUGGAGGGCCUGCUGCGUUACCUGGAGGAGAACGCCACGCACCCCUCCCGCCUGGCCAUCGAGGAGCUGAGCCGUGAGGCCCAGCGGCUGGUGGAGGAGGGCGUGGUGGCGCCCCAGCGCGAGGGCGGCGCGGCGGAGAUCGGCGACGAGCUGGUGGACGCCGUCCAGGAGCUGGUUCUGCGGCUCACCCAGGUGAAGACGGGCGGGCGCGUGCCCCUGCGCAAGGCCCGCUACCGCGCCCUGACCCGCGUGUGCGCCGUGCAGGACGUCAUCGAGGGGCGCACCCGCCAGCAGACCCUGCCCCUGUCGGAGGACACCCACGCGGCCGUGCAGAGCAUCAACCAGGUGAUGGUGCAGGUGAGCGGGGCACGCAGCCAGCUGGUGGCCCUGCUCAUGGGGCUGAGCGGCAGGGACAGCUGCGCCCACCUGUCCCGCGUGCUCACGGAGCUGCUGGUGGAGCUGGACGCCCUGGACGUGUCUGGGAACGCGGCCAUCAGGAACUACCGCAAGCAGGUGGUGGAGGAGAUCAACGGCCUGCUCAAACACCUGGAUCUGGAGGGAGAGGGAGACGACACACGCAGGUACGACCUCGCUCAGAACGACUCCAUCCGGGAGAUCGAGGCGGUGCGGGGCCACGUCCACCACCUGCUAGGGCAGGUGCUGAGGCAGAGCGGCAUGGGGGAGCUCAGCUUCCGACACAAGGCGGAGCUCCAGAGCAUGCUCACCCACCUGGACCAGGUGGACACGGCCCGCAACCCCUGCAUCCGCGAGGCCCGCCGCCGCGCCGUGCUGGAGGUCCAGGCCGUCAUCAUGUUCCUGGACCUCCGCGAGGCCCUGUUUCGCCGUCAGCCCGGCCCAGCCGAGCCCCACGCUCACCGGGCCGUGUGGCUGGUCCUGGGCAGCCUGUCGGACCUCCAGGCCCAGGUGCUGUGCUUCGAUGGCAAGCGGGCCGACAAGAGCUACAUACUGCUGGAGGAGCUUCUGACCAAACAGCUGCUGGCCCUGGACGCCGUAGACCCACAGGGCGACGAGAACACCAAGGUGGCCCGUAAGCAAGCCGUCAAGUUUGCCCAGAACAUCCUCAGCUACCUGGACAUGAAGACAGAUGAGUGGGAGUAUUGAUGGAGGGAACACCUGGACUAGGAGCAGGUUCAUCUGGAAGUGGCUGCCAAACACACUGGGCUGGUCUGGGUUGGAGUGGGAUGAGCUAUCGGUAUAGAAAUCUGCAUUGUUGCGCCGAAGGUUAAGGGUACUGUAAAUAUUGACUCAAUCCCAGAAUGCACUGCAGCAGCGCUUUUCGUCUCUUUGUUGUCAUUGUCGCUGGCCUGCGGUAAAGUCAACAAAGAACCUUUUUGUGAAACCCACUUUGGAGAAUAGUGUACCAUUUUAUGUGCUUUUUUGAAGGUUUACAGAACAUCUUUUUGAAAUGCUGUGUAUGUGUGAGUUGUGACUAGUGUUCUUGUUUUGGUGUGUGGUUGAAAAGCCUGCUGCCAAAGCACUGAAGAUGUAUGUAACAGUGAUUGGAGUCUUUCCGGAAGAAUCUGUUUUAUAAAAGAGCAAUUGGGACAAGGGUAGAUAAUCCUUGAAAUAGCAUCCAUUGUCUAUCUUAAUUACUUUGAGCGUCACCUGUUAAUGAACCCAGCCAAACAAUGUCUCUGAGUACGUACGUAUGUACAUACGUACAGAGACAGUGGGUGUCAACCCCCUGGCAUGUUACUGUCUUCUUCUGCUCCUGUGUGAACGUGUCAUUGUCUGUGUGUUUCUGGUAAUGCUUAGUGGCAAACCUUCCAAAAGCCCUGGCUGUAUGCAGAUGUUGCUGGACUAGCAUAACAGGUGGGUGUCCUACCAAACAGUAUCGCUGCAUUCAUCAGUUACUCCUGAAAACUCCUUUUGACGUUGGCUAGGACUUCAUUUUCAAGUAUAAAAAAAUAAAGGUAAAAAAAAUCACUUGGAGGGGGGGAAAAAAGUUUACACAAUGUGUGCUUUGUUAGGAAUGUGUUAAACUGGCUUUAAUGACGAGAGGAUUUCAGUUUUCCUCGUAGAUUCUGUUUUGUGGAAAACUGUGUUGUCAAAGUGUCCCAAUGUCCCCAGUGAAACCGUGGUCAUCAUUAGACUUGUCCGCUUCAAACACGAGCAGAACGGUGAUCUGACCCAAUUCCACUUCCCUGUAAAGAAUGACCCUUCUUACAUGAGCACAACAACCCCUUUAAGCGACGCGUUUACCCCUAGUUAUGUGUGCGACAGUAUAGCUUAUGUCGGCUGUGUGUGUGUGUGUGACUGUGUGUUUGCUUGGCUAGACCCUGUCAGGGGUGGACAUGAGAGGUGGGAAGAGGAGGCUGUCGCUGGCCUAGCCUUUGAGUCUGUGUUCCUCGGUUAGAGUGCGAGAGCCCUGCGGGGCCGUCCUGGCUGACAGGGCGCCUAGCGACGGUGAUCACAGUAGACAGGGCGUCGUAGUACCGAGGAUCGAGCCCAAUUCUCUGUGCCUUUAUUUUUAUCCUCCCCUUCAAGCAUUUUGAUCGUCGAGUACCCAUCCCCCCACGCCCCGUCUCCACGCCCCGUCUCCCAGAAAAAAGGUGGCGUUCCUUUUUAUAGAUGGAUUUGCACACGGAGACAUGGAAAAGCACUCAAUAGGUGGAUAACAGGAACCCAGGGUUGUGUUGCCACUGUUGGUGAUUUUGCACUCCCUCAUACGACACCUGAGCACUACUGAGCAGAAACUGUCUGGUCACUUCUCAACCCUCUGAAUCUGACUGGGGUUAUUCAACUCAGCUGCUGGAAGGAAACAUAUGGCAGAAAGAUUUAAAGCUUCACAGCCACGACUGACUUAUCCAGUAUAUAUGGCAGUGGUUAAAUUAAAACAAGUCCAAUCUCAAAUGUUCAAACAUUGUGAUGCUUAUGCAAUAACUCUGCUACACAGUUCAAACAUUAUUCGUCUUUAAAACCAACCCUGGAUUAAAUUAAUAUUCUCUUCUGACCCCUUUUCGGCUCUCUAUGUAACAUUCCUAGCCUAUAUAUCCAUUAUUGUACAUUCACUCUUAAGCACAUAGACUCUGUUGAUAAACCAAGAUGGAAAUCUGGUUAGGUCUUGUCUGUUUCCCUGACAGUGCAGACGUUUUGUUGACAGCACCUGUAUACAGGGGGCUAUCUCCACAGCACCUGUAUACAGGGGGGUGUCUCCACAGCACCUGUAUACAGGGGGGGGGGGGCUGUCUCUACAGCACCUGUAUACAGGGGGGGCUGUCUCCACAGCACUUGUAUACAGGGGGGGCAGUCUCCACAGCACCUGUAUACAGGGGGGGCUGUCUCCACAGCACUUGUAUACAGGGGGGGCUGUCUCCACAGCACUUGUAUACAGGGGGCUGUCUCCACAGCACCAGGCUGGGGCUGAACAGUAGCUCUUGUCAGAUGUGCAGGCCUCUGCUAACGCCAGCCAUCGAUACAUGUUCACAUAACCAAGAUUCCUAAUGCCUGGGUGAACGCUUCCCAUAUGAGGAAUGUAGCAGAUGUCUGUUUGGCUAAAUCAGUGCAAGGCCUAAUUUAAAGGGUCUUGCUUGAAAAAAAAAAUUAUAUUGCAUUUGGAUCCAAUGCAUUUCGACAGUUAUUGUUACAUGACAACCAUCAGUUCAACCCUGAUCAUGCAACAAAUUACCUUUUUAUGCUGCAGGGUUUGAAUGUAUUCCUUGAAGAAUGUUUUCUUAUGUUUUCUUACCAAAGCUGAUUUAUUUUAAGCACACUUCUAAGAUUCCUCUAUAUCAUUGUUGGAUUGUGUGAUUUUGCCUUUUUAAGUGGCAGGAAUGUUUAUGUUCAUUUGAUGGCGAAGGUACUUGCAUUUCUCCAUCCAAGGUUUGCUUCAGUCGCCUUUGACUCCGUUGAUUGUGACAGGCUAUGCUGUUUCUCAUGCAAGAUGCGCUUGUACAAAAGCACACCGAGGUUGAAAUGAUGUGUGAAUGCUUCAAAAAUAGGUUUGUUUUACUUUGUAUUCCCACUCUGAAAUAAAGAGGGUGUGUCUCAA